AUGACGUCUUACCUCCUUGAUACUAAAACAGUGGCAUUCAAGGAUGUGGCUGUGGACCUCACCCAGGAGGAAUGGCAGCAAAUGAAACCUGCUCAGAGGAGUUUGUACCGAGACGUGAUGCUGGAGGCGUACAGCAACCUAGUAACCGUGGGCUGUCAGGUCGCCAAGCCAGAUGUGAUCUUCAAGUUGGAACAAGAGGAGGAGCCAUGGGUGCUGGAGGAAGAAAUGUUUUGGAGACGCUCUCCAGGAUCCAGAAGAGGAGGGAAGAAGAGUUUUGCAUCAGAAGCCGAGGCUGAGGGCUUCGGGUUCAGAGAUGUGGCCAUUUACUUCUCUCGGGAGGAGUGGACGUGCCUGCAGCCUCCCCACAGGGACGUGUACCGGGACGUGAUGAGGGAGAACUACAGCAACUUGGUCUCACUGGGGCUUACUGAUGCUAAGCCAAGCGUGAUCUCCUCUCUAGAGCAGGGGAGAGAGGCCUGGAUGGCUAUGAGGGAUGAGACGGAAAUGUGGCGUCCCGACUGGGAGUCUGGAAGAGAAAGCAAGAACUCACCACCAAAGGACAGUCACACAAUUAAAUCACUGCCACAAAACAUGGCCAAGAACCACACACCAUCCAGCCGUGGGGACAGCAGGGCCAGAGGGGACAGAGAAAUCACGUGCUGCCUGGAGAGGCAACAGGUUGUGGUGACCUCUAUCGAGGGGUCCAGUCCUGUCCAGGGCACAGGCCAUAGGAAAGCUCACCCUGGAGAGAACCCCUGUGAGUGCAAGAAGCGUAAGGGCACGCCCACGAGCCAGCUGUGCCCCGCUGGAGACGAGCAAGUUCCCAGUAGGGAAAAAGGCAGUGGGUGCACACAGUGUGGGAAGGUCUGUCACUGUAGGCCAGAGAGGGUCAUGCAGCAGAGACGCCAGGAGAGCAAGAACAGCAAGGAAAGUAAGAACGGGGCCCGUGUUCCUAGUCAGGGUGCGCACAGCAGUGAGGGACCCCACAGGUGGAAGGAGUGCGGGAAGGGCUUCCAGGCCCCGGCCCAGCUCAGCCACCAUCAAAAGCUGCACGUGGGUGAGAAGCCGUACACAUGUGAGGAGUGUGGGAAGGCUUUCCCGUCCAGCGCGCAGCUUAGCCUUCACCAGAGAGUGCACACUGACGAGACGUGCUUCGAGUGCAAGGAGUGCGGGAAGGCCUUCAUGCGCCCCUCGCACCUUCUCCGUCACCAGCGGAUCCACACCGGGGAGAAGCCUCACGUGUGUAAGGAGUGCGGGAAGGCCUUCCGGUACGACACGCAGCUCAGUCUGCACCAGCUAACUCACGCCGGGGCGAGAGGCUACGAGUGCCAGGACUGUGACAAAGUGUACAGCUGCGCCUCUCAGCUCACCCUCCAUCAGAUGACUCACACCGGGGAGAAACCCCACAAGUGUCGGGAGUGCGGGAAAGGCUUUAUCUCCGACUCACAUCUGCUCCGCCACCAGAGUGUCCACACUGGAGACAGGCCCUAUACGUGUAAGCAGUGUGGCAAAGGCUUCCGGCGCGGCUCGGAGCUUGCCCGCCAUCAGAGAGCCCAUGCGGGCGAGAAACCCUACAAGUGCAGGGAGUGCGGCAAGUCCUUCACGUGCACUACAGAGCUCCUUAGACAUCAGAAAGUUCACACUGGCGAGAGGCCGCACAAAUGCCAGGAGUGUGGCAAGGCUUUCAUUCGAAGAUGCGAGCUAACACACCAUGAGAGAGGCCACAGCGGCGAGAAGCCCUACGAGUGUCAGGAGUGUGGGAAGAGCUUCGGCCGAGGCUCCGAACUCAGCCGGCACCAGAAGAUCCACACUGGUGAGAAGCCCCAUAAGUGUGCGCAGUGUGGGAAAGCCUUCCUCCGCGGCUCUCACCUCACCCAGCAUCGCCAGAGAGUCCACUCACGACAGAGAAACGAAUGAGGUGACGUCCCUUCAGAACAGUCACACGCCUUAACACCCGCAGGCAGCUAAC